UUGUGGAUCCAAAGCAAUGGACAGUUUCUCAUUUCAUUCACCGGAGAUGGAGAGAUUACAAUGUAUUUGUUGGUUCCCGAAGAACUUUGGGAAAACCCUCCAACACCAACAAGCCCACAAGCGUUUAUAACUCGCUUCCCGACGAUGGACGUGCUCUCCAGGAGGAUUCGUUGGAAUGCCAUGACCCAGGCAAAUGACUUCAAUCGCACGCUCACGGAGCAGAAUGCCAAAUUCAACAACUCCUUCUUCUUCGUGUCUUUCUGCAAAGGGAAGGUCAGACGCAGCAUACGUACACCUGGAAAUGGGUUUGGCCAAUACAGUCCCCUUGCAGGGACAGCUGUUUUUCAACUUGAGGGGGCCGACGAACACACCGCAACUGAACCUCCGGUGGCUACUCGCCUUGACAGGGCCGACGAACAUACCACAACUGCACCUCCGGUGCCUACUCGCCUUGACAGGUCCGGCGGACGCGUGACAACUGCAUCUCGAAGAGCUUCUCGCCGUGGCAGGAAACGCAAAUGCAACACAUCUCCACCUGCGCGACGUUGUAAAGGGCCGUUGCUUGGCCAACACAGUCCAUUUGCAGGGUGGGCUGUUUUUCAACUUGAGGGGGCCGACGAAGAUACCACAACUGCACCUCCGGUGCCUACUCGCCUUGACAGGCUCAGAAAACGUAGCAUACGCACGUCUGCGGGAGCCCUUACCAGUGGCGAGAGAUCCUUCUGGGGAGCAGAAGUCUCCAUUGGCGGGGUAUCGUAUGACUUCAGCUCGAUGCCGGCAGGUAACGAGGUCUGGUUCGUUGCCACUGGCGAAAUGGAUUGCCCACUCAUGUGAGGACGAGCCCUGGAUCGCCCGCCUUGCUUCGUAUCAAUCAGCGCUUUCGGCACGCUCUCCGCUAACAACGUGUUCCCAUACCGCUGUUCAGUAAUCACAGCACUGGCCUGUUCACCCAGCCUGGCCUCGGCACCCUGUAAACAACACGUGACGGAUCAUAACCCACUCUCACAAUAACCGCAAUGUGGCUGGAUUAGGAGACCAUUUCGAGGACUUCCGGCCACCAUGGUCCUCCACUGACCCAGGAACAUCGCACCGCGUUGAUAAGGGAAGCAGUCCUGAGAAAACUGUGCCCAUGUCGGGAACAGACAGAUGCGUCCUGCCCUGGGGUCUUUUGCAUUCGUGGUGCAAGAGUGAGAUCCGGAAGACAUUAAAAACAUCGAGUCACGCAGGUUUACGCUUGGGGUUUUAAGGGAUGUUUGGGUUUCUUCGGGGAACGCACUGGGGAAGAUGGGGGCCACAGGUCACUUCUGUCUCACCGCCCGCGUGUCGGCGCUGGAGCGGUGCACACACUGGGCAGAACGGGCAGCGGGUGUUCGAUGUGAUCUGCCUCUGUCUCUAUGUAACUACACUGAUUCUCCUGUGCUCUGAUUACGGGAAAGGGUUAAAGUUUUCCGGUUUUCACUUUCUCUGAUAUCGGUACUGACUAUACACUAUGCCGCUGAUCGCUGCCCCGCCGUAGUACAACCGUUACUCCAUCCAGCUGCAUGACUCAAUAAA